GUUUUAUGUCAUUUCGUUUGCGCUCUAUUUAUUAUAUAGUUGUAUGGUGAAUGUGUAAUAAAGUACACGUUAUGACGAAAGACUCACAAUUUCAUAAGUCUUGGAAUUAUAGUAAGUUUCCUUCAAAUAAAUGAAUACGCCCUUCAGAUAUUGUGAGGGCAUCAAUCCCACAAUGCAAGAAUAAACAUGGCUGCGCCGUAUGGCUCCAAAUCAUCUGCCGAAAAUGCAGGAACUUUCCAAGGCUUUCCAUUCAGUAUGUCAGGUAGACCGGCUGAUGAUACUUCUGGUACGGAGCAAGUAAAGACGGGGGAGACAAAAAAGAAACCAUGCAGAGCAUGUACAGAUUUUAAAUCGUGGAUGAAAACACAGAAGACACCGACUCCGACAGCACAGGUGACAACGCCAUCAGAGGGUGAGAGCGAAAAGCCAGUUGAGUGUCCAAUGGACAGAGAGGAGCUGGGGAGAUGCUCAUGGUCCUUCCUGCACACAAUGGCUGCCUACUAUCCAGAGGCUCCAAGCUCCGGCCAGCAGAAAGACAUGACACAAUUCAUCAACCUUUUCUCAAAGUUCUUCCCUUGUGAUGAAUGCGCUGAGGAUUUGAGGGGAAGGUUGAAAACAAACCAGCCCGAUGCCAGCAACAGACACAACCUCUCGCAGUGGCUAUGUGGUCUCCAUAAUCAAAUUAAUGUUAGGUUAGGCAAGCCAGAGUUUGACUGCUCCAAAGUAGAUGAGCGAUGGAAAGAUGGGUGGAAGGAUGGAUCUUGUGAUUGACACUCACAAACUGCAGGGAAUGUGAAACAUUGAGAAUAAUUAUGGUAACUGUGAGACUUAAAUGUUGUAUUUACGUCUACAAAUGAAACCAGAAGUGUAUAUUUUUUCAACGCUAUGUGUAUAUUAAGAUGUUUAUUUGCCUUUUACAACCUUAUGCAGAACAUAUGGUUUUACAAAUGCAAUGAGGGUCCAGGUCAUCUCAGCACUUUCACUGAUCUUGUCUGUUCUUUUCUGUGUGUUUUCUGCAAGGGACAAAUAAAGUUCCACUUAUGUGUAUUAUAAUGGGA